UGUUGGUAUUUUAAGAUCGGACACCUGUACCGCUCRCACCACGUACCUUUCCCUUUUUGGAAGCUCGCCUGCGCCCGUUGAUCCGGGUCAGGAGGAGGAGGAGUCGGGGGGUGGUUCCGGGGAUCACUUAACCUCUGAUGCCCAGCAGGGAGCCCGGGUCGYUAAACCCGUCCGUGUCAAAGAAACAAUCUGAUCAUCGAGCUGCGGUUCUGAAAACUGUCCGAAGAUCAAAACACCUGAAUGAGGUCAACUGAGCGAACGGAACCACCUGAUGGAUCAUGCUCAAGCUGAAAUCAUCACACAGGCAGGAGAGAGGACAGCCGUGUACCGCCURAUCCAGGAUGACCGGAGACUAGAAAGUGGCCAUCUACUCCCAGAACCAGAACUCAAAGUACCCAUGAAAACUACAGUGGAUCGCAAGAAGCUGGAGCAGCUCUACAACAGCUACAAAGACCCUCACGACGAGAGUAAAAUCGGCAUCGAUGGGAUCCAGCAGUUCUGCGAUGACCUGACUCURGACCCGGCCAGCAUCAGCGUGCUGGUGGUGGCCUGGAAGUUCAGRGCGGCCACGCAGUGCGAGUUCAGCAGGAAGGAGUUCCUCGACGGCAUGACGGAGCUGGGCUGCGACAGUCCUGAAAAACUGAAGGCCGUCCUCCCCAGGCUGGAACAGGAGCUGAAAGAUGCCUCAAAGUUUAAAGACUUUUACCAGUUCACCUUCAGAUUCGCCAAGAACCCGGGUCAGAAAGGUUUAGACCUGGAGAUGGCCGUGGCUUACUGGAAUCUAGUUCUCACGAGUCGAUUCAAGUUCCUGGAUCUGUGGAACCGCUUCCUCCUGGAGCAUCACAAGCGCUCGAUUCCCAAAGACACGUGGAACCUCCUCCUGGACUUCGGCAACAUGAUUGCAGACGACAUGUCGAAUUAUGACGAGGAAGGGGCGUGGCCAGUCCUCAUCGACGACUUUGUGGAGUUCGCCCGGCCGAUCGUGGCGGCGAACAAACGCAACACAACAUAGUGUCGGCUUCAUGUGGCGGAUUUUCAAGUCUUGUCCCGAUUGAGUUUUUUUUUUUGAGGCGAACGAGCCGAAACAGCAGAAACGACGUCUGAGCGAGCCUGCCGAAAGUUGCCUCGGAUGUGAGGUUGAAACGGACAACCUUUUAUUUUGAAAAGAAGACACAAGUUUUUUUUUUGUCGGACUCUGGAGCUGCAACAUGAAAACGAUACGAAGACUCGGCACUAAAACUAGCAGCCUGUCGUUUAGCGCGGCAUGAAUGAGUUUUAGCGAAAAAGAGAUGCCGGGUUCCGAA